AUCAGGGUUCUAAUGUUAUGAGCCUGGAUUUCCAUCCUGUUCAACAAACUAUUCUUCUAGUUGGAACAAAUGUUGGUGACAUCGGGAUAUGGGAAGUUGGUUCACGCGAAAGGAUAGCACACAAGACAUUUAAAGUUUGGGACAUUGGCUCCUGUACCUUGCCAUUGCAGGCUGCACUAAUGAAAGAUGCUGCAAUAUGUGUCAAUAGGUGUCUGUGGAGCCCUGAUGGAAAUAUUCUAGGUAUGGAAACAGGCAGUUCAGCUGCAUUAUUAAUACGCGCCAUUUUUCAAUAAAAAGAUAGCAUUUGG